UUCACCUCCUUUCGGGAAAUGACAAAAACAACAUCACCGUGCGGAAAAACGGAGACUUAACGCAGAUUUAACGGAGAUUUGGGGCCGCGGAGCUGUUUAUCAUCGCGUCCCGCGACAUUAAGAGACGAUGGCGGAGCAGAACCUGGAGGCGAAGCUGAAGAGCCGUCUGAAGCAGGAGCAGAUCCAGCUGUGGAGUCCUCCGUACACCGACGACGGCCAGCCGGGACGGCAGCACCUGCAGGAGCUGGCCGAGCGUUACGCCCCCCCGCUGGGUCUGCCGACGCCGCAGGUGGAGGACGCCCUGGAGUCCAUCAGACAGCAGGCCGUCCACAGGGGGACAGGAAACAGGACAUUCAGAGAGACCAACGUGGCCUCGCUGGAGCUGCUGCUUCCCAGAGACAGCAACAAGGAUCGGAGGACAAAGACUCGGCUGGAGACUCGGCUGGACGUGCUGGUUCAGGACGUGGUGGACAGGAUCAGAGACGAGUUCAGCCUCAAAUCCAUCAAACUGAUCCUCAACGGGAAAACUCUGUGUGUCGAGCAGCGUCUGGACCUGCAGGGUGUGAGGAAUCACAGUAAGCUGAUGGUUCUGAAGUUGAGUGACGGCGACUUUAAGCAGCUGAGCGACGAAGAGGAGAAGAAAAAAAACCAGAGCGAGAGCGUCCAGAAGACGCACAAAUGUUUCCAGAUCCUGUCCGAGAGAGACGGCAGCGAGGAGUCCUCGCCUUUCCUGGAGAUCAGCGACCAGAAGGGAAACCCUCUGAAGAUCCCCCACAAGCUCAAGAAGGUAGACCCUGAUACUCAACCUACGGCCCGAGGGCCAGACCCGGACCCUCACGGGGCCCCCUGUGGCCCCCAAACACUUUCUAAGUGGCAAUAAAAAUAAAGUUUACGGUGCCAGAGUGAAUAAAACAGCAUCAAAAGAGAUCCCCCACA